AUGUACAAGAUUUUCGUGAUCGUCGCUACCAUCGCCUUCGCCAGCGCUCGCCCCCAACACCAUGAGCACGGCCAUGCCCUCUCAUCGCAGAGCAUCGUGCUACACACGUCGCAUGAUCAGCAUCACGCGCCCGCGCAUUACGAGCACAAUCACCACAAGGACCAACACCAACAUAAUCACGUUGACUACUAUGCUCAUCCCAAAUACGCGUAUGAAUACAAAGUUGAGGACCCUCACACUGGCGACAAGAAGUAUCAGCACGAGACUCGCGACGGCGAUGUGGUGAAGGGCGUGUACAGCCUGCACGAGGCCGACGGCACCAUCAGAACUGUUCAUUACUCAGCUGACAAACACAGCGGGUUCAACGCGGUGGUGAAGCGCCAGGGUCACGCGCAGCACAUCCAGCCGGCACACCACCAGCACCAUCACUAG